AUGGCUGGCUUCUCCGGAAUAGUUCGAGUCCUCUAUCUGCUCCUGUCCUUUUACCUAGUCCAGGGCCAGUUUUGUGAUAGAUCACAAAAUCAAUGCGUUCCGCAAGCACUUUGCAAAAUAUCGCGCCCCAUAUUGGGAUCUGUCCAAUCCGAAGGAUGUCCACCCACGGAAAUUUGCUGCCCCCAAUUUUUGAUGACAGAAAGUAAACUUCCCAGCAACGACGUUUCACUUACUUGUGGUCAAGUCAACAAAGACGGCUUGGCUAAUACAAUAACGAAUCAAAAAAACUUGGCCAAACAGGGCGAGCUGCCCUGGAUGGUGGCUCUGGUAGAUGAGAAUAACCAAUACUUUGGUGGUGGUUCCCUGAUCUCCCCUGAUGUGGUGCUUAGUGGAGCCUACAUUACCGAAAACAAGACCUUGGAUCAGAUAUUUGUGAGGGCUGGUGAAUGGAGCUUCAAAAUCACCACCGAGCGCUACCCGCACGUUCAAGUGGGCAUCAGGAGAAUUGUGCGUCAUCCCGACUUUUUGAGAAACACUGGAGCUAAUAAUGUGGCUCUUCUGUUCCUCGAAAGACCACUGGAGCUAGCCCCCCACAUCCAGACCAUCUGUAUGCCGCCAGCGAGUAGGAACUUCGAACUAAGUCGCUGCAUCGUCAGUGGAUGGGGUAAGGAGUACGCUAGAGCCAGACGAUACAUGAACGUCCUGAAAAAGAUUGAUGUGCCGGUGGUCAGGAACCCUGAGUGUCAAGCGCGAAUGAAACUGGCUCAUGGAGACAAGUUCGUGCUCGAUGAAAGCCUUAUUUGCGCCGGCGGUGAACUCGGCAAGGACUCCUGCUUUGGCGAUGGUGGUUCUCCGCUUGUCUGUCCGCUGAAGGAAGAUCCCGAGCGGUACGAGCAGGCGGGCAUCGUCAACUGGGGAGUCGGGUGCGGACAAAAGGACACUCCGGGUGUCUACACCAGUGUGGCCAAACUACGCGGUUGGAUUGAUCAGGAGAUCGCACGAAAUCAAAUGGGAAAUCCACCCACAGAUGGAGGUUAUAACGCAAAAAGUCCCGGAAGUCGAUCCUGCUUCAAUUAUUACAAGACCAGUUCAACCAAUUAA